AUGGUACCAGGCGCCUUGGUGGCACAUAGAACCUGCCCUUUGGGCACCCCUGGGUUUAGCCGCAACUCGUUGGCCUGGUCAAGCCAUGGCGGCAAACCGGGUGCGCAGCGCCCUUCAGCAGCGCAGAAGCCUUUGCAGGACCUGCAGGACAUGUUGGAUGUAGAUCUCUCUGCUCACUCUUUUAUUAUGUGCCUGGUUUGGUUGUUUUCUGCCAAUCCCAGUUUCACCAUUUUCACCCAAAAACCUAGCCGAAGAGCUAGGAAGAAAUUCACUAAGCCCAAGAACAGACAUGUCUCACGCCGAUGGGCCGGCACUUGCAGAUGGAUUGGCAAACGGAGACACAAAGUUGUUAACAAACGUUACAGACUCUUAGGAAAGCAUGCUGCUUGGAUCAGAUUGAAAGCCAUUCGGAAUGCUCGGUUGACUCGCCGUUCUGCUUUCUGUGUGACUGGCAAAUCUUCUCAGCAGAUCGCAUCCACCGCUUCGCGAGGGCUUAUGGGAUGCAGCCGUUUUUGGUUUCUUUUGGGAACUAUUUUGAACCACCCAGUUGUGCAAUUUGGCAGGCUUUGGUUUUCAGGGAACCGUCAGUAUUCCUUAGGUACCACUGUCUUCAAUUUCAUUUGUAAGCUUGGAAAUUGGAAUCCAUGGAAUGCCCAGCGCGUUGGUGAAGCCAGCAAUCCGGGCCCGGGACCUGGAGGGUCUCGAUCGACGGAACGCAAAAGAAAGGAACAGACUGCGUCCCAAGAAGCGGAUGUCAGCCUGGCCACUGAGCUAUUGCAUGUCAUGGAAAGUUUCAAUCCCGAGCUGAUGAACAGGGCAUCAGUCAUUGCUGGAAACAUGCCCAUGGACUCCAACGAGUCGAAAACCAGACGGGUCACUUUUGCUGACCCAGAACAGUUUCCUCCUUUGCCUUCUGGUACGGAGCGCCGGGUCCGAUCUCAGGCUUAUGAGCUGGACCAAGCCAUGACUGUUGCGGUGGUCACCCCGGGCCGACAGGUUGGUGUUCCUGUGGCUGCUCUCACUGGGGGCAGAUGGGAACUCAUGAAAUAUACACAUGGUCAAAUCUUGGUUGGUCAUUUGCGGGUCAGUGAAGAGCUGGCGCGCAAGGUCUGCGGGGUCUCAGGCCUCCGAGGCCUUUUUGCCACCGUCCUCACCAAGGAAAUUCGGCCUCAGGUUGCUUGGUUGCCUAAGCCAAAGGGAUUCACUACUGAGGCUUAUUUCAGAGCUGCUUUGGAGAAAUCCAAAACUGAAAAUUGUCCACUGGCCCUGCGGCAAGGGGGUGGGAACGAUAUUGGUUUAGUUGGGGGAGAUCCCUUGAAGUUCAACCCUGGCAGACGCCAAUCAUGGGACAUGUAUGGGGUCCCUACUUUUUGGGAGCACCGUGAUGUUCACCAGUUUCUCUCUCAAGAAGGAUGGAAAUCCCUGGAGGUUCGCAACCGCGCCAAGCGACGUGGCCAACAUGUCUGGGUUUUUCAUGCCUCCCCUCCCCCAUUCCAAGAUAAGACCGUCGAUAGUACCUGGUCUUAUGCUAACCAUGACAAUUCUUGCCAUAUCACCAUUUUGAGGGAAUCUCCCAAACCGCGCAAAGAUGCUUCCUCCACUGCAGUGCCUGCCCCCAGGAAAAAAUGGGUAGCCCCUGAGUUUGUGGCUCAUGUUGAUGACUUUGAUUCUGAGACUGCGAUCAACCAGUCUGAGUCUAAAGAUGAUUCUGGUAAAGCCCGAGACCGGUCUCACAGGAGGAAGCCGCCGGGAGGAAAGGGCAAAACGCCAGAUUCUGAGGCUUCUGCGGUUGAUCCAGAUCUGCUCCUCCUGAAACGUGCCCCGGGUUGGUCCAUCAAGGACGAAGGAGGUACGGGGGAUUGCGGAUUCAGAUCGGCCGCUCGAUGUUUGGCCACUUGGCAAAAGAAAGUCUGGGACAAAGAAGAGACGGUUGUCUCGGAAGCUUCUCGUCUUCGCACCAUGGCGGUUGGCCAUCUGGUGAAACACAGCACUCACUUCAAACCAUUUUGGAGUGUUGAUUCGCAAGAACUGCCUGUUCACAGAGACAAUCAACCCGCUGCGCAGGAUUAUGAAGAAUUUUGUAUGCUUGCUUCCAGGAAAAAUUACUGGUGUGAAGGGUUCCUCCUCCAGGCUUUGGCUAGGAGGCUUCAAACACACAUCAUUUCCUUUGUGUGGGAUAGUCAAGAUCAAAAUUGGCAUCGGUUCUUGAUUCCCCCGCAUGAGGACCAUGUUUCUUCUGGUUGUGCUCACCCCAUUUGUUUGGUUUUAAAAGGAGGUCACUACCGGGCCCUUAUCCCUUCGGACCCCAAACAAGACAUCCCUAAAGGAUGGUUUCAAGCCACUGCGGCCUUCCCUAGAGGCGCUUUGCGAGCCGGCGCCAAAUCUAGUUCUUUGUCUGUGCCUGCUAGCUCUCCUUGCCAUAGCCAGCAGCAACAACUUAGGCCUGGGUCAAACCAUGCUCACAGUCCCGGUCUGAGCCUUGGCCCUUCCAGUGGGUGUUCUGGUAGAGAACGUAAACCAAAUGUGAAUGGUGCCACCGCCGAGUGCACUGGUGGUGAGCCUGGUUCUGCGCUUGAUUUGCCGCCUGAGACUCCAGUCAAGCAAACCUCCAUCAAGUCUUUUUUUCAGCCGCAGCAUACUAUGCCCCCUUCUAUCCAGGGUUCUGCUGACCUUAAUAUUCCUUCUAGUUCUUCGAUUGGCCAUAAUCGUAAGAGGAAACGUCCCACUGACGGGACACAAACCGAAAGGGAACGGGCUCCGGAUUCUCAUCUUACCAUCCCUGAUAGCACCGUGCCUGCCGCGCGUUCCUUAAAUUUGGUUCAAGCCUUUUCCUCCGUUGCUGGCUCUGCGCCAGCUAGUCAUAACCCUGAUCCACCCCAGGAUCGCCAUGACGGGAGUCAGCAUGCCCGCCCCCGCAGCUGGCACCGGACACAAAUUGGGCAACUUUGGUGGAGCUGCGACAUUUGCGAUUUCAAGGUGUAUUGGGUUCCGGGGGUCUCUUCUCACUCUGACGCCCGGCGACGUCACCUGAUUGAAAAACAUGAAUUUGCUCCCACUGCCAUUCCUAAACUCAAAGCUCCGAAACUUGACGAGUCUGUCAGCGCUCGGUAUUACAAGCAGAGAUGGGCCGCUCUUUUGGAAAUUUGCGCUGAGUGGGCUUGGCCCGGCAUGCAUUCUUUGACCAAGGCCAAGCUUAGUUGGAAAUGCUCAAAGUGUGAUUCUGGCAGGAUCUUGUCCAGUCAAGUUGCGGCUCAAGUUUGUCCCGCUUAUGAGGGCAACCAUGAGGCCAUUCCCAGUUUGGCGGCUCGGAAAAAAUUGUGGCAGGCUUGGUAUGAUGAAGCCAGGAACUCUGUCCACAUUUCCAAGACUGAAGCUGCCAAGAGGCGUGUCGCCCUGCGGGUCCAAAACAAAGCCGCUCGUCAGGCGGCUUGGGAUGAGUCCGCUAGUGCUGCGAAACGUCUUCAGCCCUUUCGAGGUCUUCCUCUCAUCAAUGCGGAUCGUAGCCAGCUGACUUGGUGGCACUGUCCGAUGUGUGAUUAUACUGUCAAGCACGGGCAUCCGCGACGUUCUGAUGCCAAAGCUAAACACCUCAAGGAGGUGCACCAAAGCAACAACAUUCUGUUGGACAAGAACAAGAAUGACUCGUUGGCGAACCCUGCUAGGCUGGUUCGCGCCGCUGACGCGCUGGAUGCGCGAUGGAAACGGAUGCACGAGCUCAUUAAAAACGGGCCGUGGGCCGGAGCCCAUCUUCUCGAACUGGAACCGGCAUACUAUCGUGAGUAUGUCUCCAAAGCUGGCAAACCUUGGAGUCGGGCCAUGUACCGAUGUCGAAAAUGCAGCAUGGUGGUUUCCUUGAGUGACUAUGUGACUGCCGUUUGUAGACUCGCUGAGAAACCUCCUCCUCUCAGUGAACGCAAAGCUAUCUGGAAGACCCUCAGAAAGCAAACUGUCCAAAGAACCAAGAAACCGCCUAAGUCCAAACGCAGGGUUCACCCUGCUAGAGGGGUCAGAAUUGGGGAGGCCCAACAUCCGGGCCCCUCCCGGUCCAUGGCCAAGUACAAGACUCACGACUUCAAAGUUUGGUCUGUCAACAUUUGCUCCUGGCGGGCCAACGGCACGGCCUUGCUCGAUUCCGCCAGGGACGAAGAUGUUACUGCGAUCUUGCUUCAAGAAACCAAUGUUUCUGACAUUUCGGCUCCCUCCUUCUCUCAUCAACUUCUUAGAGCAGGAUGGCACCAUUCGCAUCUCCCUCCUCCGGACAGGCAUCGAAAAGGGGGCGUUGCUAUUCUCACCAGGGAGCCCUGCUCCCUGGUUCAAAUUGCUGCUAUCCAGGAAGGGUUCGGCCAGUUUGUGUGUGCUGAAGUGAUAGGCCUCCAAAGACCUUUCUUUUUGGGUUCCAUUUAUCGACAUGCUUCGGAUCUACAAUUUGAGAUUUUUCACCAUGUUUCUUCAUUCCUUGAAGCCAAUAAUGGUAAAGAAUGGAUUUUGGCCAUGGAUGCCAAUGCCAGCAUGGAGGCUGGCAUCGUCCCUGACACCUUUUCUAGAUUUGGGGGAGUUUGUUCCAGCUGUGCCCGUCACACGACGGUUCCUAUCGAUGGUAUCUGGCAUUCUGCGGGGCUCCCGGUGCUCACUUCGCAGGAGUUACCCAGCCCUAGUGACCACACCAUUGCGGAAAUUUCUUUCAAUUUGACUGUUGCGGGUCGUAAUUUUCAACACUUGCGGUUCACACACACUCCCAAACUCAGUCCUGAUGUGAAUGCUGACUUUGUGGGAUCCGCGGUCCCUUGGGAAGAUGUGGCCUGCACCUCGGAUACUUGGCAGUCAGCUUUAACGGAUGUCAAUUUGGCUUGGGACCUCUGGUCCCGCAAUGCUGAAUCUUGGCUUCAAGCGCACGGCGUCUUGGUAUCUGAGAAAGCUGAAAGGCGCCUUGGCUCCAUUCCUACUCUUACCUCUAGUGCGCACCGGAUUGCUAGUAUGCAAAGCAUACAGGAGAGACAGUUGCGACGGCAUAUUCGACGCCUGGAUGAGGCCUUGGUUAUGUCCCGUAAAGGUUCUUUGAUUCCUUCCAAACUUUUCCAUAACAUUUUUCGGGGUUGCUCCGACUCCGAUGAGAAAAAUGCUGUUUCUAGUCGCCUGUGGGGAGUUGCUAGAAAAAAGUCCAUGGAGCGUUUGACGGCGCUCAUUCAGACUCAACAGAAAGCCGCUGUCCAGAAAUGGCGGGACCGGGUGCACACUGUUCCCGGGGCAUGCAGGUGGCUGCGUCAGGAACUUGCCACUCCAUACACAGUCAGGCAUGAACAAGGUGAUAUCAUCGGUUCUAAACCUGCAGCUGUUUGUGCUUUGAGAUCCUUUUGGAAACCCAUUUUUGGUCAGGCUGCUGAUGCUUGUAACGUUCAAACCUUUUUUGAUCACUACGAUAUGGAUUUUCCCCAUUCUGCCUUUGAAGAACCAUUACCUCCUUUGACGGCCGAGCGCAUCUUCAAAGCUCUGCGAAAAAUGAAAGGACGCGCGGGAGGCCCAGACGGCUGGUCUCCAGACUUGCUGCUGCAUCUGCCGGCCGAAGCUGUUUGUCGGUUAGCCGAGUUCUUGCAGUCUUGUGAAAGCCAAGGUACCUGGCCUCGUGCUAUGUACCAUUGGGUUGUUAAGUAUAUUCCCAAAAAGAAGGGUAAUGGCCCCCCUCCCCUGGGCGGGGUGCGUCCCAUAUGUGUGGGUCCGGUCCUUUACCGCGUCUGGUCUUCUGUCCGCCUGUCUGACCUCCAGUCCCAUCUUACCUCCCUGUAUGACUUUCACCAAGUCCGGGAUGUGUACCAAUGUCUCUUGUCUCUGCAUCAAGAGUUCCCUCCUGAGGAUUUUCCCUUCGGUCUUUGCCUUGACUUUGAAAAAUGCUUCGAUAGCAUUGACUCUGGCUUGUGCGUCGCCCUGCUUCGUCGCCUCCACAUCCCUGCUGCCGUUUGUGACCUCCUCUCCUCUCAGUGGUCCCUUCAUCAGCGUUGGGUCUCUUUUGCCGAUUGCGUGGCUCCUCGUCCCUUGGGUUCCGUCCUGGGUCUUCCGCAGGGGGAUCCGUGGUCUCCGGCUUGUCUUACCCUGUGUUUGAUGUUGCCUCUGCGUAAACAGUUGCGUCUGGUCCCGCAGUCCACUGCUUUCCUCUUUCUGGAUGAUCGCACGUUGCUGGCCCGUACUGUUGGUGCUCUUCGGGAGGCUCAGGCGGUUUGGGCUGAAUUCUCUAGGCUUACUCGCGCCAAAACUCACGAGGGUAAGUCUCAGGUUUGGGCCCGUACGGAGGCUGCCUUCGCUGCUUUCGAAGCGCAUGGCUGGUCUCCUCGGUUUCAGGUGGAGGUCCUCGGUGUUUCUGUCGGCUUGUGUGGUCGCGGUAUCUCUCCGUCGGAAACUCUCCGGUUCCAGAAAGCUCAUCGCUUGGCUCGUCGUCUUGCCGUCUUGCCUUGCUCUCACAGCUUCAAGUCUUCCUUGGUCUCUCUCGUUUUGUCUCCCUUGGUGUCGUGGGGGUCGCUGUUGGGUGGGCGUGUCCCCUCUGUUGCUGAGGUUUCUUCCUUUCGUACCUUGGCUAGGUGUGCGGUCAAAGGCUACGAAGGAGGUCAUGAAAGUGUGGAUCUGCAGCAGGUUCUCCUUCUGGGGCAUACUUCGGAUCUCCUUUUUGUUUCCGUUCAGCGUGUUCUGAAGGCCUUUCAUGUGUGGCGUGCUUCUCACCCCCUCGUCCCUGCUGUGCGGCCCUCGGGUUUCUUGUCGUGCUUCUCGCGUGCGGUUAGUCGGCUCGGGGGUGCCGUUGUGGGGCCUGGGGUCUUCCGUUUCGGGUCCUUUGCUUGGGAUUCCUCCUCUCCCGUCGGUUUUGUGUCCGGGUAUGCUCAUUGCCUGCGGCAAUUCUGGCGCCUCUCUCGUGCGCGGGUGUGGCUUAACUCUCGGCGUAACGAUGCUCGUAUUGCUCGCGAGUCGAAUCUUGUCCUGACGUCGGCCCUCUUGGAUCGUCUCCGUCAGGUCUCCCUGUCCGUCGACGGUCAUGCUCGUCAAGUCAUGUGCGGCGGUCUGUCUACCACGGCUCACUCGUCGGCCCCUCCCAACUUUUGCUUCUGCUGUUACCUUGUCCAAUCUACGGACCACAUCUGGUGGCAUUGCCCUGUCUUUUCUCACCUUCGCGUCGUGCCUCGUCCCUCCUCGUCUUGUGUCGCUCGUCUCGGGUGGGGCGGGGGGGGGGCCAAUCGAAUAUCAUUCGGCAGCUCGGUGCUAUUCGCCGUUCCUUCCUUGCCCUUAAACGGAAAGGGGGGGGGAGGGGGGCCCGGGGGGGGGGGCCCGCCCCAGGAGCCUCCCGAUGAUUGCUGA